GCCUUCUUGCUUAUCUGCGUCUUUUCAAACGCCGGAACAGCUUUGAGUUGAAUGACAGAAGUCUCGUUUGCCGCCUAUUACUCCCUCUCGCGUGGAGUGUGACGUGACAGGGGUUUGCAGACACAGGAAGUGUUAGAGAAGGCAACAUGUGUGGUGGCUGCGUGAAAACGAAAUACCCGGCUCGGGGUAACACCUGCUUGGAGAAUGGGUCUUAUUUGCUGAACUAUCUGGGUUGCAUUGAAUGUAAAAAGAGGGAUUUUGUGAUGAUAACAAACAGAACAUCAGAGGAAGAGGAUGGAGAGGAAAUUAUCACUUAUGAUCAUGUGUGUAAGACCUGUCACCAUGUGAUAGCCAAACAUGAAUAUACUUUCAGUGUAGUGGAUGAUUACCAGGAGUAUACCAUGCUGUGCCUGCUCUGUGGCAAAGCAGAAGACUCUAUCAGUGUCUUGCCUGAUGAUCCUCAGCUGAUGACUCCAUUAUUCUGAAGUCUUUUAAAAUCAGUCUUUUAAAAACACUGAUUUGCUCCCUGGGAGAGACUGUCAUUAAACAGAUACAUUUAAAAAAGAAUUUACAGCCACUUUAUAUUUAUAGUGAGAUAAUCCACAACUAAGAUUUUUUGGCUAAAAUUUAUUUAUUUACUUCAUUUAUAUCCUGCAUUUCUCCCCAAUGGGAGAUCCCAAAGCAGCUUUCAUUGUUCUCCUCUUCUGUGUUUUAUCCUUACAAUAAUCCUGUAAGGUUUGUUAGGCUGAACUGUGUGGCUGGCCCAAGGUCACCCAACAGGUUCCACAGCAGAGAAGGAAUUUAAAGCAGGGUGUCCCAGAUCCAUGCUUAACUAUCCAUAUAUUGUUCCCUGAGCUUUCAGGUGGCAUAAAAGGUGGCUGGCGGAAACAAUUAGCUCUUGGACCUUAUUGUUUCUUUCCCUUGCAAUGCUUUUUGACCAAUGUUUUAGUAAAGGAGAGUAUCCGUAUUGUGAGAGCUGAUAAAAUUGACCCUCGGGAGGAAAAUGAGGAAGAAGGAAUUGAACCAAUUCCUUGAUAUCUAGUUGCAGGAAUGUCUUGAUUGACGUGUGUGUUUUAAUAAAUUGCAGCAAGUUUGGCAAUGUGUUAGCUAUGUAAUUAAAAUCCUUUGCUGACCAUAUUUGAACUGGCAGCGAAGUGUGGUUUACAGCGAAGUAUGGAACAGCUCCUUCAGAAGAAUUUCCCAUUGGUUUCUGCUCUUCAAAGGAAACUGACUGUUCUUAUUGUCUGGAGUUUAUUAAACCUGUUAUCUUGAA